AUGUGUGCCUUCCCUGUGUUUUUGCUUUACUCCGGUCCUCUCUCAGACUCGCCUUCACUUUCUUUCUUUUCCACCGAAUACAAAAUGGAUUUGAAAAACAAACCGUCUUUGCCUCAUUUGUCCACCACUUUCCCCCUCUUCGAGAAGCCAUCCAAUGCAUCGUCGCAAAGUUUGGUAGCUCGUGAGAAACCUACCGGGGGCUUGGACCUCUCCGACGAGGAACGAAGCAAUGAAAACAUCGCACCCAUCGCGUCCAUCGCACGGCCAGAUCUCAAACCCGCCUUUGUGACUCGGAAAGGCAUGGAGGAUUCUGCGACGGCGAAGGUGAAGAAACUGUACUAUGACGAUAUCUUUGCCACGCGUGGAUCGCAUAAUUCUCCAAAAGAUCGUGUCACCUUUGAGUCUGUGGUUGUGGUUGAGUUCAAGACCAAUACACAGGGGGACACAUCCAAAGCAAUAUCGGAGUUUUCCCAUGCCUUGACGGAGAUCUAUCAGCGGCCAGAGGCUUCUAUGCUAGUGACCAUCGACCAAAGCGCUGAUCUGCUUUUUGGAGCCACCAACGGUUCUGCAUACCUAUUGAAGGUGUCCGCCCUCGCCAGUCUCAUCGCGCCUCUCACCAAUGUCCGUAACACAGGCCUCAUUCAAUCCAUCAUACAGGACAUCUUUGACAUUUCUCCCGAAAAAGGAGUGAUCAUCUUCAACCCGUUGAGUGAAGACAACCUUGCAACAAAUGGGAUAACCGCCAGGGAAGAGAUCGAUCGUUUGGAACGAGAUGAUCGUAGCCCUUCCCUCUUCAGGUCAAUCUCAAGAUCCAUGAGCCGUCGCCCGAAGUCUAGUAGCGACAACAGUGCGCCCUUGACACUUAGCUCUGCUGUGAGUCCCGACGCCGCACACAUUGUGCUUCGCUCUCCUGUUGCCUCCCCGUCGAUCGAUGUUUCUCCACUCGGGUUGGACUCUCCGGAUACUUCUGACCUCGCGGGGUCUGCCAAGCCGAGUUCUUCGAGGGAAGAGACUUAUGCUGGUAAUACAUUCAAGCGAUCAUCGACCAGGGACAAAAAGACUCGUCGGUCGAUGAGGAGGAGGGAAAGUCUGAAGAGCUUUGUCGCCCGUCGUUUGGAGGAGAUGGGUGUGAUACCACCCCUUGCGAGUCCCAAGUCUCCUGUCAAAGAGAACAAAGAUUGA